GAAACUGAAGCGGCCAAAAGGCACGCGUUUACCAAAUGGCACUAAACUUCCCUCUUUCCCUCUGUAGAACCUCCGACAUUCUCAUCCCAUCCAGCUUUCUGGCUUCUUCUUCUUCUGGUCAAUAUGCUUACAUCUUCUCACCGACAAGAAUGAGGCAAUUCAAUAGUUACUGUGACACAAACGUUUCUUCAAAAAGAAGAGGAAUUGUCUGCGGAUUGCCCCUAGUUGAUCCAUGGGCUCCAACCAUUGAUUCGCAGAGCAUAGCUUCCCAACUAUUCGCCAUCUCCUUGCUUCCCUACAUUGGCUUCUUGUACUUCAUUACGAAGUCUAAGUCUUCUCCUAGGCUUACCCUCUUUGGAUUCUACUUUUUGCUUGCUUUUGUUGGCGCCACAAUACCAGCUGGAAUUUAUGCGAAGGUGCAUUAUGGGACUUCUUUGUCCAAUGUGGAUUGGUUACACGGUGGUGCCGAGUCACUUCUUACUCUGACUAAUUUGUUCAUUGUGUUGGGACUGAGAGAGGGCCUCCGCAAUGCAGAAAAUUCAGAAGAAAAUGAGGUCACUUCUGAUUCAGAUUUCAAGGAGAAGAAGAAAAGUCGUACAUAGGUUAAAAAAUUUGACCUGUUGAAUAUUUAUACUCUUGUAGUUUCCAAUAUUAUACUCUUGUAUGAGAUGCCAGACUUGUUGAAUAUUUUCACCUUUAAUAGAAAUGCAAUGUUAAAAAAUUUUGGAUGACGCAUAAA